CAUUGGAACUAGUUUAGUCAGCAGGGUUUCGUCGAGUCACCGCCUUUGCUCUUUGGGCUUGACUGCGUUGGUUUGACGACGACGACGACGUUACUUGACUCGACUACGUUGACGCUUCUGUAUGGCCGCUUUGGCUGCGAUGUGUCCACCUGGCGGCGUGGAUGGGCUCCAAAUGCACCCGUUGACAAGUAGGAAUAGCUGGUUGCACGGGAUGUAUACCCGCUGAGGGGGACCCAAGGCUGCCCUGCCCCGUGAUAUCAUGCUAUUCUUUUUCUGAAGGUUGCUUCACUGUUGUUGCUGUUGGUAGGUGUGCCUUACCACAUCAUAUCAACCCAAUAUGAGGAACAACUCCACUUCUCAUAUACUUCGUGAUUGGAGAACCAGAGGACCCUUUCUCCGAUGUUCAUGCAGCCGCCGGCUGAGUUUAAAAUAUGUGAGGUUAUCGGAACGAGCGCUUGAGAGAUGGAGCUCGGUAUAAGAUAUCCCUCUCAUCUGCUCUGUUGUGAUUGCACCAAGUACCAGUAUAAGCAUUGAAUUCUUGUAUAUUUGAUUUCAUGCUAUUUCUUUAUUUUUUAGGUCAAAGAGUGACUUUCUGUUAAGACAAUGCACAGAGAUCGACAGAGAUACAGUGCUGAGUGGCAGAAAAUGAUGCCCAAUUCAGUCACUACCAGCAAUUAUCAUCAUCACAAUACUUCACAGUUUGACAAUGAUGGCCAUCAAUCUUAUCAAUCUUUCCAGAACCACCUAGAGAAAAAAGUGUUGUUGUCGCCUUUUUCAUCGAAACAGGAAGACAGCCCUUUGCAAAAUGUGAAAGCUCCAAUGAACAACUGCUGUUCAUCCUCAUCCAUUUCCUGCAAAAGCCCCUUAAUCCACCCGAGUCAUUACUGUCCUGUACAGGUUAUCAGUGCUCUGAUAUCCUCAUUGUCGAAAGACAUAGGCAGAACGCGAAGCUGUAAGCGCGCCCCACCUACGGCUGCCUCUGCCACCCUCCCAUUGCCAUCGAGUGUUGUUCGGCCUCAGAAGUCCAGACGGGCGCGCAACAAGUCCGCCUCCAGCAGUUUAGAGUCGCCUUCAUCGGAGUGGCUAAACUUGAUAAGUUCAUGGCCAAGGAAAGCACAGGUUUCCCGAGAAACCGCAAAUCCACGCUCCUAUGCCGCGUUAACCGCGGAAGCUAGCCUCAACGCUGAUUUUUUGGAUUGCGACUACACCAUGGCAGAUCCCGCCUCUGUAAUAGCUGGAGCGUAUCUUCCCAUUGGCUCAAUAUCUACAGUGACGGUUAUGCCUGGCGGUGCUGUAGAAUGUAAAGCCGAUGUCACCGUUAACGCCUUUGAGUCAACUUACAGUUUGCAUCGCUGUAUCCUCGAGAGAGUCCCUUACUUUGCUGCCAUGCUUUCCGGCCAAUGGAAUGAAACUGGCAACCACGUACUUUCAAUCUUUCCCGAUGAAAUGGACCCAAACAUCACGAGAGUGGGAUUUGAAGUUGCUCUUGAGUAUAUGUACGGUCGGAAAGUUAUGGACUUGAUCGAAUUGGAUCCUAUCGGGGUAUUCGCCGCCUGCCAAUGGUUAGAUCUCUCUGAGCUGUUGAAAUGGGCAGUUCAAAAUAUCAUGCACCACUUGGAUAUCUCGAACAUCCAUUUGAUUUUGUCUAUAUUCACUGAAUAUCACUAUGGGAAGGAAGGAAGAGUGGUACUAGAUGCUGCGAAGUCUUUACUGCGCCUACGUGGCUGUGAAAUGCCACUCGCUGUUUGGGAUCACAUCCCCGCGGAGAUCGUCAGAGACAUAGUUGGUGGCGAUGCGUUUUACAUGCCCUCCGAGCUCAAGCGGUGGGAGUACGCAGUGUCCCUUCUAGACCGAGUUCUGGAGUCUAAAGCCUCGAAAAUGCGAAUCCCCUUCUUGAACGACAACGCCUCAGCUCCUGCCCAUGUUAAACGUCAAUUGGAAGGCAUCCUUCCCGAUGACCCUCCGGAAGCCGACACGGACACGGAGCUGGAUUUUGAAACGGAUCGCCAAUUCUCGGAAGAUAUGCACAAUCAGUGGCUCAAUCUCUACACGCACCCGGACAUCCUUCCUAUCCGACAAAUGAUUAUGGAAGACAUUGCAUACAUGCACAUCCCGCUUGAGCAUUUUCGAAGAGUUCAGUCUCAUCGUGACAUCUUCGGGGUGCGUCCUGUUCAGCCGGCUGUGAUCCAUUCUGCGUUUGUACAGGCAUUAAAGCUUGCGCACCUGGUCGAUACUGCUGAUGAGUUCAGCCUGAAAUUGGAUAUCGGACAUGCUACGUUCAUGAGCGAGUUUCCCGCACGCCAGCGCUCGCAAAUACACCGUUUCCACAUAGAUUCCGGCUUUUACCCAUGCUCCAUGCCUGGUGGGGAUGUGAUCCGCCGCGAAUAUCCUGUUACGAAGGAAGAUACAACAACGUCGAACCUUACAGUUACGCGUAAGGCAAGAGGGUUUAUUCAUCAGGACUGCAACAAGCACGCAGGGCAACAAGGAUUCCGUACCAGUCAUCUCGUUAUGGGCUGGGAACGUCGCGAUUUCAUAAAACCACUGCCAAUCACUUCCACUGUCACGCAUCCUGACCACAGCCCCUUUCCGCCAUUUAGAUUCUCAACAACCUUUCCCCACCCGGCCACACUGGAAAAUAGGCAACGAUUAUUCUCGUCUCCUUUCUGGUACGCAGGUGCAACAUGGGUCCUCUAUCUCUGCCACAACACCAUCCCCAAAGCGAGCAGCGUAGGACUCUACCUCCGACGCAUCUACGACACUCGCCCCGCGGAACCUUCUCUGGAAAGCUGGAGCUCCCGCAUCAACCCACCAGGCAUGGCCCACUACGAACCGCUCGUCGCUUGCCACUCCAGACCCAGCAACCCCCACCUAGACGAGCCGUCCAACUAUUACAACGAAGCUUACCCAAGACUCGAUCUCGUCGGAGACAGGUUCGGGUCCCGAAACGGCGUGGGACAUUCUCUUGGGCGCGAGAGGGAUACCCCUGCCAUGCUCCCCUACGUCGACAUUCGCUCCUCUGUCACCGCGCACUUCAAGCUAUACUCCAACUUCGUGUGUGCGGGACAGCCCGCGUGCUUUCAGAGCAAGCCGGAGCAGUUUCAGAUCGAUAGGUGCUGGGGGUGGGAUGUGCGCGUGCCUGAUGGGCAGGAGCCGUUGUUGGACCUAUGUGGUAAUCCAUUGAAUGAGAGGCAGUUGAAGAUUUGUUUGGUUAUUGGCAUCCUGUGAGGUGUGGUAGUUAAUGGCUAAGAAAAAUAAUCAUAUAGUAAAUAUGACUGCCUGUUCAGUUGUGUCUAAUGAUCAUCUUCUUCACUAUUUCUUGUCUUUUUUCAACAUCUCUUAUUUUCUGUUUCAAGUUCUUCUAAUCUUCAACUUCACUUGUUUCUUGUUUCUAUGUCAAACUUCUUUAUAUGUGCCUCUCUUUUCUUCUCUUUUCUUCUCUUUCUUUUCUUUUUCUUUCUUUCUUCUUUCUUCUUCUUCCUUUUUUUUUUUUUUUUUUUUUUUUUUUUUUUUUUUUUUUUUUUUUUUUUUCUGUUUCAUCUCCACAUCUCACUCUUUUAUUUUUCAAUUUAGCUUUCACUUCAGAUGAGCUCUCAAUGAAUCAUGAAAUUUCAUCUGUUAUUUUAACUACUUUGUGUCAAUCAUCACAUUAAUUUUUUAGUUUGUUUAUCUUUCUUAUGCUUUGCUUAUUCAAUUGAAAUUUCUUAUUUAAUAUCUAAGCUCUCAGUAUAUUCUUUUUGUGUCAAUGUAAAUAUUCAUAAUUGAUUUUUUGUCUUCUGCUCUUCUAUGUUCUGCUAUUUCAGCUUUUAUAAUCACAUGUCUUACUCAUUCUUUGACUCAAUUGUUUAGGAGUUUCAGAGCUCUUUUUUGUUUCUUUUCCUCUUUUCUUUUCUCUUUUCUUUUCCUCCCCCUUCUUUACUUUAGUGAAGCAAGGUUUGCUUUCAACCUGUAUUCUCCUGUUGGCUGAAUUUCAUUCUCACUUUGUUCAUUUGUUCUAUUCUUAAAAUUCCCGCGCCCAUUCUUCCUUAUUUCUGUUGUCAUUAUCUUCUUGCGUAAUUUAGGAUGCCUCUUUAGAACAAGUGCGCGUUAAGGAAAGCUUUUGCUGAAGGGUGGCGUUUUCAUUUAAUCUUCUUGUUGACUUUCCCAUUCAUUUUCCUACAGCGCUCAAUCAGUCCUUUUCUGCGAGAUAGUUCAUGGUUUAUAUUCUAACUAAUUUGUUUCCUAUCCAUGUUUCACUAAGGACUGAUAACAUAUCUAAGCAAAGUAAAAUAAAAUAAAGAAUUAGAACAAGUUGUUCUUGACAGUUCAUUUCGCCAAGUGAGCACCAUCUGACAUAACUUAUUCGACGUUGCGAUGGGGAACCCGCUGAACCGACCCAAAAAUCUGACGCGUUGGUCCGAACGUUGAACGAGGAUCUAUCGGUCUCGUUCAGCCCCAGCGAAUCAGAGGGUACAAGUCCAUCGUGAGAAAAUAUCAGCUCAUCAUUGGCAAACGCGAAACCUGGGGCAGACUGGGUCUGUUGGUCCGGCCAUGGUCCC